GGGACGUAUACAGUUGCCUCGUAGGGCAGUCGUUCCUCCUUCGUCGUUCCUUCACCGCCGUGCGCUUUUAACCAAAUUAUUCCGCGAUCGGGGCGAGAAAAAAAGGAAGAGGAAGCUUACUAUUAUACGAGGGAAUAGAAGACACCGACACAGAGAGAGGGUAGCUGCUCUCGGGGUAGCCGCGAAUCUACCCCGACGGCACAUCGUCCUCCGACGGCAUCGUCCUCCUCCUCGAAGAAGAGGUGGCUGGCCUGCGUGGUCACCGUGGCCGCGGUCGAAGCGGUCAGUAGCGGUGGAAGAAGCGGUGCGUCGGUGGAGAAGGAGGAAGAGGAGGAAAAGAAAGACGUCGUUCCUUUCGUCGUCCAUGAAAAACGAGCCGAAUGAUGUUCAAUUGACGAAGACCGCGCAGCGCUAGGAAUGGCCCCCUUCAAUUCCGUCUUCCUGGGUGUCUGGGGAGUGUUCGUUGUUAUUUUGAUACAAGAAUCGACACCCGUUAGCUGGGAGGAAUGGUGGACGUACGACGGUAUUUCCGGUCCUGCCUUCUGGGGGCUCAUCAACCCGGAAUGGUGGCUCUGCAACAAAGGUCGAAGACAAUCACCGGUCAAUCUCGAGCCUACUCGACUGCUUUUCGACCCGAAUUUACAACCGCUUCACUUAGACAAGCACAGAAUUAAUGGCGUACUGGCGAACACCGGACACAGCGUCGUGUUUGCCGUAGAAAACGACACUCGUCAUCCCGUCAACAUCUCCGGCGGUCCGCUCAGUUAUCGUUAUCAGUUUCACGAGAUUCAUCUACACUUUGGCGCGGACGAUCGCAUCGGCAGCGAGCACACUGUCGAUGGACACGCUUUUCCUGCCGAGCUCCAAAUAUUCGGCUUCAAUUCGCAGCUCUACAACAACUUCUCGGAUGCCCUGCACAGAGCGCAGGGAAUCGUGGCAGUGUCGCUUCUUUUACAGGUAGGCGACCUCUCGAACCCGGAGCUAAGAACGUUCACGCAGCAGCUGGAUAAAAUCAAAUACGGAGGACAGGCCAUGGAAAUUAAACGUUUCGGGGUGCGCGAACUUCUGCCGGACACGAAGCAUUACAUGACAUACGACGGCUCCACCACGAUGCCGGCGUGUCACGAGACCACCACAUGGAUCAUCCUCAACAAGCCCAUAUACAUCACCAAGCAGCAGCUACACGCUCUGAGGCAAUUGAUGCAAGGGGACGAAAAACAACCAAAUGCUCCGCUUGCAAAUAACUUUAGACCACCGCAACCCCUUCAUCAUCGUCCCGUUCGGACAAAUAUUGAUUUUAAUGUUCAGGGUCCGAAGAAUUGUCCGACGAUGAACAGGGACAUUUAUUACAAAGCCAAUAGCUGGAAAUAAUACCCAGCACUGCCGUGAGGUCGACAUUCGCAGUAACUACGCUUUUCCCCGGAACGAGCUGGAACUUCGCUGUAAGGAAAAAAUUGACAUAUCAAUUACAGGCGUGUGACGCCGGGUCACAAAAAAAAAAAAAAUAAUUACAGCAGAUAGAACGCGCGAGAGAUGACCGACGGCGCCCAACGUCGGCGUCGAGAGGUCGAGAUUUAAAAAAAAAAAAAAAAAAAAAA